GCCUGACUCCUACCCGCUUUUUUAAUAUAUAUAUAUAUAUAUAUAUAUAUAUGAAACCAAUGAAAGGACAACAACCCAGACCUUUCUUCUGUAUUAUCUCAGUGAGGCUCAUCUAAGACCCGUGAUUUUCUUUCUAAUCUCAUCUCGUCAAUCCACUUGUCUUAUUUGAUUUGUUAUUAGUUAAUUCAUUCCUAAGAAGACGUUUGUACCGAAAAGGAAAUUUUCCAAAGAAGGCGCGAUUUGAUUAAUAAAUACUAGUUUGCGUUAUAUAUCAAGUAAGAGAUACUAGGUUGAGGCAGAAGCAGAAGCAAAGACAAUGGCGACGUGCGGGACAAGUGGGGAAUGCUGGGAAUGGGCGAGAGUUUACUUAGACGACUGUAUUUGCAGCCCGAGAGACCAAGUUUCGUUUGGCUUGGGGUUGAUCAGUGUGCUAAGUUGGGGCGUGGCUGAAAUCCCUCAGAUUAUCACCAACUAUAAGGAGAAAUCCGUUGAAGGCCUCUCCCUCGGUUUCUUGAUAACUUGGAUUAUUGGGGAUCUUUUCAAUCUUUUCGGUUGUGUUCUUGAGCCUGCUACCCUUCCAACCCAAUACUAUAUGGCAGUUUUGUAUACAAUGACUACCUUAAUUCUGGCAGCACAAGCCGUAUACUAUGGUCACAUUUGUCCUCGAUUAAACUACAAUAAUAUGUGCAACAAGGAUUCGAAAGAGUACCAACCUGAGGGAGUGGACAAGAUUGGAGAAAGCAUUAGCAAUUUUCGUGUGAAACAACUUACUGAUGUUGACAGAUCAAGUUCUCCUAUUCCCCUUCCAAAGAGUUCUCCUGGCAGAGAAUUAUACUACAGGUCAGCAAGAUCUCUAUCAAGUAGUCAUACUCCAACAGCAGGAUCCCUUCUUGCACAAAGAAUGACCCCUCCUCAUUCAGGAAAUUUAGUUGAAGAGCCAUUGCUCAGUGCAUAUGUUGCCAAACAAUCUACCCCUCCUUCAAGCACCAAAUCAUUGUUAUGCUUGGUGUCUGCAGUAAUGUUCAUCAGCUUAUUUAAUUUCCAGCUCUCGGCCGUGAGUAAAGUUCACAUAGGGAAUGAGAAAAUAAAUCUAGGAUUUGUGAUUAAAACAGGAAGAAAGCUUCUCCAGGCAAAUGCUGUAUCAUUAGGAGACAAUGGUUUUGAAGGAGGCAGCAAGGUUGGAACUUUUCUUGGCUGGGCAAUGGCAGCUAUUUACAUGGGUGGACGCCUUCCCCAAAUUUGCUUAAAUAUUGAAAGAGGCAAUGUAGAGGGACUUAACCCUUUUAUGUUUAUCUUUGCUUUGGUUGGAAACUCUACAUAUGUUGCAAGCAUACUUGUGAGAAGCAUGGAUUGGUUUAGAAUCAGACCAAAUUUACCAUGGUUGGUGGAUGCAGGAGGAUGUGUUCUGCUUGAUACUUUCAUAGUAAUACAGUUCAUAUGCUUCUAUAAGUGGGCACCUCAAGAUUCUGAGGACAAGCACGAAACAUCAUGAGAAAAUGGCUUUUGUUGAAGGUUUUGAAGAUGCUACGGUGGAGUGCCAUAUUCCCUUUGGAGAUGUUAGCAUUGCAUUUUUUGAAGAUCUCAAACUUUCUAAGUCACUGAAGAGGGAUCAUAUGACAUGAUGGUGCGCAUGUAUGUGUGCGCGCUUUUGGCAAAAAAGAAGAAGAAAAAAGGCAGUGUUUCUUAUUGAGGUGUUAUUAUUAUGAUUGGCGGAUGAUUAAGACUCCGAACUUCUUUCAGUUCUCUCCAACAUGGAUUUCUCAACUCUUAUCUUUUUCUCAUCUGUAGACCUUGAAAAUAUUGCUACUAGAAUUAUAUUAUAUUUAAUAACUUAAAUUUCUAA